AUGAAUUCUUCACAAAUUGUUAUAUUAAAUAUAACAAUGAAAAUGUUAAUAAAAAAUCCAAUGAAUUCAUCAUCAAUUAUUAUUUCUAUUAUUAUUGGCAUGUGUUUGAGUCUUAUUGCUUUUAUAACAGCUCUUGGAAAUAUAGUUGUACUUUUGGCUUUUUAUUUCGACAAAAAAUUACGUACAAUCAAUGAUUAUUUUAUAUUAAAUAUGGCAAUAGCUGAUUUUCUUGUUGGUUUUUUCUGCAUUCCAUUUUAUAUUCCAUUCAGUAUCACACAAUCAUGGCCAUUUGGACGUCUUUUUUGUAAAAUUUGGGUAACUAUUGAUGAUGUUGCAACAAUGGCUAGUGUUAUUAAUAUUGUGGGAAUAAGUAUAAAUCGUUAUUGGUCAAUAGGUUAUCCUAUAUCUUAUCGAAAAUAUGCUCGACUAGAUUUCGUUUAUAUAGUAAUGGGAUCUGUUUGGUUUAUUUCAUUCAUAAAUUUUGCUCCGGGUAUAUGGUUAUUUUCUUUAUUUGAUAAAGAAAAUGUUGAAAAAAGUCGAAGUGAUAAUGAUUGUUCAGGCGAUUAUCAUAAAUCAUUUGUCUAUAUGUUAAUUGCACAAUUUAAUUAUUUUAUUUGGCCAUUUAUAUUAUUAUGUAUACUUAAUAUGUUAAUUAUGAUAAAUAUAUGUAAACGAACUCGAAAAAUGACUCGUUCUAGAGCACAUUGUGAACCUAUUAAAACAAAAGAAAAUGUUGUUCUUGUUCUUGUUUCAUCUCGAUUAGGAACAAGUAAAGAUACAGAUGACGGACAAUCUUUAUCAAUAUUAUCAAAACAUAAUAUCAAUUUAAUAGAAGAAUCUCCAUCAAGAAUAAUUAAAGAAAAAAAAUAUUUUAUUAAAGAUUUUUCUCAAAAUAAAAAUCUUCAAACUUUAUCGAAUAAAUCAUCAUCAAACAAUUCUCCAUCUAAAAAUAGAU